AUGUUCAUCCCUAAUGAACUCUUAACCCGUUUGAGGGAAUUCAUUGGAAUUGAUGCGGCACGUAAACCGUUACAACAGCCCUACGAAGAACCUUUUCCAGUUAUGUUCCUUCAUGAAACCUUCUUCAAGGUUGCUCGAAAUGGUCGCGUCGAUACGAUUAACAUAGAACGCAUCAAAGCAACAUAUGCCGACGAUGACCUUGUGCACACCAGUGGCAGAUUCGAUGUUAUUCCUGCACGGCCGGUGAUUGAGGAACCUACUUCAGAGUUGAGUUCGCAGAUGGCAGCACCUGCUACGAUUUCGAAUGAGACAAUUGGAUCAGGUAAUGAGAAACGCACGUUGGUUGCCUCGAGGUGCAACGAUAAUCUUGGCACCCACUUGCACGAUCGUGGCUCCUUUGGAGUUCAAGAGUUUGUUGAAUACGAUUUACGUUUCUACGAUCGCAUAGAUGGACUGACCUCGCGGUACGUUAGCGCCCGGUUUGAAUUUUCAAAGUGCUCUUGA